AUGGCAACGGCUCCACUCGUCGCCAGCCAUGCCGUGAGUGCUUCCUGGUUGGAAAGGACUUCGAAGGAUGGGAACGAUGAAGAGGACGCAACCGAGGUUGUGAUCAUCCUAUUCAGGUAUUAUAUUCACAAUCACUACAAGGAUAUUGCUCUUAAAAGAGGUAUAUCCCCCAAGCAAGGAAUGGUUGGUCUUUCAACACCGACAAUGGGGGAGAGAAAGCCAGGCAACGGCGCCUUUAUGGCGGAGAUGCAAGCCGAGGAAUGA